AGCUGACGCGCUGUCAACACGCACGGUGAGGGGAGGGGAGGACGGGAGAAGGGACUGUCCUGUCAUCCUGCCUGCCUGUUUGGUAGCUCUGCUAGCAGCCUGGCACCGAGAGGGCAAACCGAAUCGGUCCGAAACCCCUCCGCUGUUACAACUACAUGUGCCUGGCUCCCGAUGAUCUCCUAAUCUCUGGGGAUCCGUCCAGGACCGAGGACGUCUGAACCCAAAGCUGACUGCAAUCAAGAUGCAGAGCGAAAAGAAGAGGAGAAAAUACUCCACAAGCAGCAACGACUCUGACACCACUGACGGUCAAGUGACGUCAUGGUCCAGGUCAUCUAAGAACAUAGGCACCAGCAGCACAUGGGUCCGUCACCAACACAAGAAACCAUCAGAAGUUUACCGCACAGACUUCAUCACGGCCAUGAAGCUGCCAGACUCCGCGCAGCUCGGCCCAGACGACUUCUAUGUGCUGUCGGACCCUUGGAGACAGGAGUGGGAAAAGGGAGUCCAGGUCCCAGCCAACAUGGAAGCCAUACCAGAACCGGUGGUCAGGUUGCCGCCGGAGUCGACAGGUGUUCUGUCCAACAGCAGGCAGGUGAAGGAUGGAGACGCGCCUCUUCCUCCACCUCGCUCUCAACUCUACAGCUGCUACGACCUGGAUGACCUGGAUGUUGCUUGGCUGCAGCUGGCCAAUCAGGAGUUCAGACAGAUGGCCUUACCUGAGGUGGAUGAGCUAACGAUGGAGUGUGUUCUGGUGGAGCUGGAGAGUGUGUGUGGAGAAAAGAUGCAGCAGGCUAUUGAGACGGAGGAAGGCCUGGGCAUCGAGUACGACGAGGACGUGGUGUGUGACGUGUGCCGCUCACCAGAGGGGGAGGACGGUAACGAGAUGGUCUUCUGUGACAAAUGCAACGUUUGCGUUCACCAGGCUUGUUACGGCAUCCUGAAGGUACCGCAGGGGAACUGGUUGUGUCGGACCUGUGCUCUGGGCGUCCAACCAAAAUGUCUGCUCUGCCCCAAGAGAGGGGGGGCCCUGAAGCCCACUCGCAGUGGAACCAAGUGGGUCCACGUUAGCUGUGCCUUAUGGAUCCCUGAGGUGAGUAUAGGCUGUCCAGAGAAGAUGGAGCCCAUUACCAAGGUGUCCCACAUCCCUGCCAGCCGCUGGGCUCUGUCCUGCAGCCUGUGUCGAGAACACACAGGAACCUGCAUCCAGUGCUCCAUGCCCUCCUGUAUUGUGGCCUUUCAUGUGACGUGCGCCUUCGAUCAUGGCCUGGAGAUGAAGACCAUCCUAGCUGAAAACGACGAGGUGCGUUUCAAGUCUUUCUGCUUGGAGCACAGCUCCGGCAACGCAACCAACGGCUCAACCGGCGUUAGCAACGGCAACCACGUCAACGGAGCACACGCUGCAGCCAGAGGCGACAGCACCACCAGCGCUGAGCAGAGACACGAGCUAAACGGCGACUCAGAGCAGAGGUCGGUUUCGCACCUGAUUUCAGUGUCAGCAUCAGAGCGAGCUGAGCGGGACCAACUGGAGAGGGAGAAAGUGAGCCAGAGGAAACAGAAGCUGCAAGAACUGGAGGAUGAGUUUUACCGACUGGUGGACCCAAGCGAGGUGGCUGAAAACCUGGGGCUGCCCCUCUUACAGGUGGAUUUCUUAUAUCAGUUUUGGAAGCUGAAGAGGAAAGGCAACUUCAAUCAACCUCUGGUCACAUUAAAGAGAGACGAGGUGGACAACCUGGCCCAGCAGGAGCAGGACGUCCUCUACCGGCGCCUCAAACUCUUCACUCACCUCCGACAGGACCUGGAGAGGGUGCGUAACUUAUGUUAUAUGGUGACACGGAGGGAAAAAAUGAAGCACAGCCUGUGUGACAUCCAGGAAAAGAUCUUCCACCUGCAGAUCCAGCUUCUAGAAGAGGACAUGGCUGGAGGUUUGUCAAAGUCUUUCCCAUUGGACAACUCCUUGUUCGAAAGCUGGCUCGCUCAGUCCGUUCAGAUCACCGCUGAUGACAUGCUAAGCCAAUGGGCUCUGGGUGCCCAGCAUCACGACAAAAGCGGCAGCCUGCUCUCUGACCAGCUAAUGCGGGGCGAGGAGAGCCUGCUGAACCUCAUGAUGGAGAACUCGAUGCAGUCUGCCUGGAAAACACCCCAGUUGGGUCGUAGACCCAAAGGAGGUACCAAGCUCCGUGCUCGAGGUCAAGCCACAGCCCCGGCCCAGCCCCUGUCUGCAGUUGCGGCAUCCACCGCCAGCAGCCCCUCCACAGCCAAGAACGUCUGGGCAAGCGAGGCAGAGUCCAGUCAACUGGGCCGGAAAGGGGAAAGGUCCAGAGGUCCCUCUAAGACUUCACACUAUCACGUUCAUCAUCACCAGACUAGGAGUUCUGACCUUCACAAGGACCCAUCCCCACAGCCACCGAUCUCCAAACUGGAUUCCUGCCACAUCUCUGAGGACUACGGUCUAUGGGACACCAUCCACAUGGGGAAUGGUGUUUCAUCAGAGGCUGGAUCUGGUUUCUCAGCAAACUCAUCCCCACCUCCAGCCUCCAGUCCUGGGAUCAUGGUGCCCAACGCUGGAGCCAGCCUUCAUGUUGGGGCUCCUCGGCUCCGUCUGGUCCGCCAGGGAAAAUCAAGAGUAAGGGGGGCCAUGGGAGGGCUAGGGUCUAUGGAUCUACCACUCGCAGGGAAAGGCACAUCCCUGUUGGACCCUGCUGAGACUGAUGGGUACUACUCUGACUGUGAGCAGAGUGAUUCAGACCUACGAUCUGGAGGACGCAAACUUCGGCUGUCACAGUUGCAUUCUGGGAACAAGGACCUACUGAGGAGAAGCGUCCUAGCAUCCUAAAAACCUGAGACACGAACUGACAACAACCAACACAAAACCAGUUAUCCAAGCUGAGUGCUGCUGGCUUGUUGUUUUUUUCCAUUUGUGCCCAGAAAAACUUACCAACCAUGGCUGGAUGGCCGUGUUCUACCAAAUGUCUGUCACAUCUGUUCAUGGAGACUUUCUUCACCUCUAAACCUGAUUUGUUUUUCAGGUAAAUUUGAAUGUAGCUGUAUGCUAAUCGUACAGUAACGCUUCUCCACUGGACCACGGUUUGCUGUUAGCUCAUCACACAAUACAUUCAACAAAUAGGAAAACAAACGUUAUUGUUUGUCCUCUGUUUUGUAGAUUUCAGAUCCACCUUGCUUCUGAGCGUUUAAGCGCCCAGUCCUGGCCUCAUGCGUGUGGUAUCUGCCAGACUUCAGAACAAACACUUUGGGGCAUUAUUCUUAUGAUCACUCAAGCUGGUUUCAGGGUAUGUUUCAUGCUAGGGUGUUCUGGCUCAAGUUGCAUCUAACGAGUUCUUGUUUCUGGAAAGACGAUUCAUACCAGAGUUGGUCUAAAUAUGUGCAGAGGGUAACGUGGAGCGGCACAUACUCAGCCUUGAAAAGCACAACUAGCUAGUCGUAUGAAGAGUAAUCGAGUAUGUGCAGAUACUCUUCCAGGAUUAGGGUCGAUUUGAUUCAUGCUGUCUUGGAUUGCAAAUUUUACACUGAAGAUCUGUUUUCAUCCCCUAUAUGGCCGUUAUUCAGCUUGUCAUGUUCUUACUUCGCAAACAGAUUGACCCCAACCCUGCUGUUGCUUCAGAUGGUUAUGGAGAUACAAACUAACACACAUAAACUACUAUAAGCAAGUCCCUUUGCUCACAUCUCAGCCUUUUUAUAAAUAUGUGAUUUGACCUUUAUCCACUGCUGUCAAAUUAUUUCUAAAUCAACUUUGUCCCCCUAAAUUUUUGCAGAAAUCUCCUUACAGAAACUUUGUGCCUUCUGCCGCCAUUUCCCCCAUUCUCUCGCCCCCUAGCCUUUAAAAAAAAAUCACAACCAAACAAUCGAUGAGUAAAUCAAUCAGUCGUUUUUCAAUCGGACUUGUAACAGUCAAAUCAAAACUGAAACCCAGUGGAUCGGUUACUGAAUGUAGCCAACACUGGGUUCCUAGUCACCUUAAUGAUUGAGUAGUGCCUAAAACAGAUUAAUAAACCCAGCAUUUAUCAGCAAAAGCAUCUGCAGCACUUUGCAAUCCGGAGCCAUACUGCACUAUUGGAGCAGAGAUGCCCGUGAGCCCCCUCCCAAUGUGUCGCUGCAGGACAGAACCAUCAAAAUACAAGAGUUUGGCCAAGUUGCACUGCCACAUACCCAGAUUGUUGUUCUUGUUAAUUGAAAUAUUCCCUGGUAACCAGACAUCGGGAGAAAUGACUUAGUUUCGAUUGCCAACAUGCAUUUCCUUAGGUUUAAUUUUGGUCUAAAAAAAAACACAUCCAGUAGGUUAGGACACGAGCGUGGCUGCAGCUCAAGUCUGACUUGACCCAGCUCUUGUAAAAAAUGGCUCUACUCCAAACCUUCCUUCCAAACUGAAACAAUAAUUAGCUUCCAAGCUUUUGAGCUCUUAACCUGAGGUGUGUUUCCUUCUUCAACAAAGUUUUAUUGUUCUUUUAGAGAGUUGUAUUUUUUACCUAAAAAGGCAGUUCAUUGUAUUCUCAGGGGUUUAAAAAAAAAGAAUAAAUAAGAUUAAAAAAAUAUGUAUGUAAAAAUAGGAUAUGUCACACAGUAUAUAUAAAGUGAGGUGUGUAUGUCUAGAUAUGUCUUUAUUUGGCAAGCUUUAUUUGAUUUCCUACACGAAUUACUACUGAGCAAAUUUCUCGCUGGGUCCAUCCGCUCUGGGUUUAGCAAUCCUAUUGAUCUGAGCGUAGAGAUGCACUAAAAAAAUCAAUAUUCAUCAUGACUGACCUAAUUUAUCAGCCUCUGAUCUGAAACUUUAAAAAAACAGCAAUAAAGUAAUUUGACAUUUUUCCGCAUUUAUGAACGCACCAUUGCUAAGCGCUAAUUUAUGCUAUCAAUAUCUCUUAUGUGGGCAUUUCUACUUCCAGAAUCAAAAUUUUUAACGUUACUGAGGAACAUAUUAAAAAAAUACAUUAUGUUGUAUUUUUUAUUUGAGAACAUUCUGAAUCUGCCUAAACUGGUAUCAGCAGGUCAAAACCAGAGUCGGUGCAUCUCUACAAUCUAGGUUACUCCAGACAUCUGGCUCAAAACUGCUUGACCUAGGUCUGAUGAACCAACAUUUAAGUAGAGAUGCUAGAAGGUUCUUACUUUCUCUUUCUUCAACGACUGAUUUUAACUGAUGUUUAGGAGUGACCACGCCAAAGAUAGCAUCUGUGUGUCCAGGCAACAUUUUACAUCUGAUCUGCCCAAACACUUGUACAUGUGAAAACUGUCGACAUCCAGGUCGGCUCAGAUCAGCGUCACAUGGCCUCCUCUGAACCAGGAAGUGCCAAGGACUCUCCCAACACAUCCAGCCUGGAUUCUUGCAGAUCAACAAUGCGAUGGUCGUUUAACACAAACUCACAUUUAUCCCCUUUGGAAACAAAAAAGCUAAAUGCUGCUUUAACAAAGACACAACACAGCUCUAUUCUCUCUCUCUCUCACACACACACACACACGCGCGUGUGCGCUGGUAUAACAGGGUUAUAAUGUAAAAGAUGACUAGUUUUGUAUGUAUAUGUGAUCCUGAGUGUAUCACAAAGCAUGAGCUCACUCAGAAGCGCCCUCUAUUGGCAGGAGAGUAUUAUCACAGCGACAGCGCUACAUCUCUGUCCACAUUUUCCUUCAGGUGUAGCCACCGUAGAACCUUCACGUCAUUUGUUUAGAAUAAUAUUGUCCUGAUUUUGGAUUCGGGACUUCUGUGUUGGCUACUACAAUACACACAUGCACACACACCACAAAAAACAGCAUCAACACAGGUUUUUUUCUUUAUUUGUAAUGAGUUGUCAUCACAGCCUGGGGUUACCUUCUUAAGAUGGUUGGUAAUGUUCCUGUGCUGCUAAGACGGGAAAAUGUAAUCCUGGUUUCAAUAUUCAAUGUUCCGAGUAGCCUGAUGUUGUAGACAGUGGUAUUAGAAGAGGCCUCUCAUGUACGGCCUUAACAUGUAGUAGCAAAUGCUGAGGCUGCACAGCAUAAAUGGGGAAAACAACUCACUUUGUGUUGAAGUUAAAAAGAUGGCUAAAACGUUCCUCGCUGUCAUUAUCAAAUCUGAAACCUAUUCAUUUUCUCUUGAUGCUGUGCAGCCUUGGCUAACAAAAACAGCUUAUUUUUCUAUAUUUACAGUGUGGCUUCAAUGCCCCAUCCUUCCGCUUCGUAGAUACUGUAGACUGGAGUUAUUUGCAGGGUUUUUUUAAUCGAUAUUCACUAGAGCACAACUUCAAAGUCCUCUGUGUGGUGUGGUGGUGUGGGUGUUGGCUCACGGCCCAGAGCGUGCUCAGACGAUCUCUGACUUUUGCCACUCUUGUCGUGUUACACUUCCAGAUGAUGCGAGAGCUUCUUUUUGAGUGUUUGAUCUCUCCGUGUGUGCAGAUUCUGCCAGAGCAUUUGAGGAAACGUUUCUGUUUCUGUUGAAAUUCAGUUGGCGUGAAUGCUGCACUGCAAAAUUGGUAUCAAAAAUGUGAGGGCGGCUCACGAAAGUGCCCACACAGGAAGUAAUUCAUCUGGAGAGAAAAAAGAGCAGCACUUGCUGGUCCACUCAGGUGCUGCUGACCGAUCUUAGAAAUUUCAAGGAUAGACAUCACUGCACUGGCAGAGCCUGGCUCCUCAGAACCUCCUCAAACUGGUAAAGGUCAAAUAUGCUUGGUGUUUUGUUUGUUUAUUUCUGGAAAGUUCUCAUAAACAUGAUCGAUUAUAAGUUUCUGAUUAUUUGUAGUUUUAUUGCUAACACGUUCUAGAAGGGUGUUUUUGGAUCAAUAGCCAUGUUUCCAUUAAAGGAGUUCCUGGAAAUUUCUGGAAUGGUUGAGACGGGGAAGAUACGAAGGCUCGGCCCUAUCAAAAUCGACCCUUUCAGGACUUUGCUGAAGCCUGAUUUAAACUCCUUCAUCAGUGCGGAGACACGCAACGCCAUAAUGAGUCGGCGCAAGGGCUCUCCAGCUUGCUCACAGAGGGUGACGGAGACAUGCCCAAAUUUUUAAACAUCCAUAUAAAAAUGACGAAGACCACAAGCUUGUGAUUGGUCAGGAUGCUGCUUCCUAUAUAUUCAUCACCAGCACCACUGUAGCUCCAUUAAAAAGUAUAACAGAUAUUUAGCGGCAGACCUCGAACAGAUUGAAGAACGCAUCUUGGAAAAAGUCCAAAAAUAUGAAACAAACGUGGAUGGAAACAAUGGAAAAUGUGGGUUCAGAGUUGGCGACCGCCUGAAGAGGUGGAGGAGAAUGAAGGACAAAUUUGUCUGUGUUAUAAAGUCUCUGAAAUCUAUAAACACAUUAGUAAAUACACUAUUGGGGACUCAAUACAUGAGGGUUAUGGUGGCAGGACACCACAAAACAGCGCUACGCCCUCUGUUGUCCUGGCGGGGAAUUGCUUUGCAACGCUCCACUACCUGAACAGAAGUUCAGAUGUGAAAACCUUUCCGACACUCCAUGGAGAAGUAUAAAUCUGGCUUAUGACAUAAUCAUAUCGCCACUGCUUCUGCAGUGGGUGACGCUAUUGAUCAGUGCCAAAAUGUGUCCAUAAACAUUAAUAAUAAUAAACAAUAACAUUAAACAAACAUUAAUAACAUUGAACGUUUGAAUGUACGCCAUAACUUAACUCCUUAGCAUUUCAGCGUCCCUCCCGUGGGACAAAACCCCAUUGCGUUCAUUAAACCUGGAAAUUUAAGGGGUUAAUCCAUUUGGCGGUCCGGGAGAUCAGCUGUGUGAAGUGAAAAGCUGUGUUUAAAGCGCCGUUUUUAAUGGCGCUCGGUAGUAGACCCCAAAGUGCUGUGAAUUACGGCAGCAUGGGGGGGGGGGGGGGGGGGAUUUACACCACAUUUUUCAGUGUUGGGAGUUUAGAAACGCUGAUUCAAAAGCAGCACUGCUCAUUUUCUUUUCCUUCUAUUCUGCUUCACCAGCAACAUUUUCAAUUUUACAAAUAUCGGGCGUUUGGAGACGUCUGCUGAUGUAAUUUCCUACUGAGUUGCAAUGAAUCGGCAUGAGUUAACCACAAGCUCAGCGACCCUGAGUAUAUUCUCCAUCUCAGGUUCUCCUUUGGUACCUGAAACGGCCCAGAAAGUGGUUCUUUCAGCCGGCCAGGUGAAACUUGCAUGCCGCGAAGGUCCGGUAAAAUUACCCGGAAGUUCCGAUAGUAAAAGCGGGAUUAUUAUGCUGUUGUAGAAUGGAGUUCUGUCCAAAAGGCAUUGCAGUGUACCAAUGAAAAGUCUUGAUUAAUAUUUAAGAAGUCAUCACUUGAGUAACAUUUCAGUUAAUUGGCAAAAAAUACAUUUAUUCAUACCAAUUUAAUGUGCUUUUGCAUGCAAUCCCAAACCAGGAGUGUGCAGAUGGAUCUGUUUAUCAACUGAGCCAAAGAAAAAAAUAGACUUUAGGCUUGAUCAGUAUGUAACGCCUGAGCCAAGGGGGUUUCUGGGAACCAGGAAGUGAACUGGAAUGAUGUCUUUUUUCCAGUGGGACCAGUCAUUCAUCCAGAGUGGUUUGAGGCUGAUGUGAGAUCCGUUAAGACAAAAUUUCUAUUAAUUAGUAACAAAUACUUAAAGUAAUCAAGAUUUAACAAAAGUGAGGAGAAUUUGUUUAAUUGGAAAAAAGCUGCAGAGGACUUUUUAUGUUUUUUCUGUCCUAAGUCAGCUACACAAACCCACCUACCCACCACUGGACUUUAUACACAUCUACAGUAAUGUAUUAUACUGCUCAGCUACUACUAAACAUUUUCAUAUUCAGUGUUUUAGAAAAGCCUUUGCAGGUUUUUAUUGAAAUGGUCUUGUUUUUUUUUUUUGUUUUUUUUUUUUGUUUGUUUUUUUUUUUUUAACUUUUAGCUGGCCGCUGUGGCUGCAUCAAACUAGAAAGCCAACUCAUAAUCUGCUUACACUGGUUUUACUCUGACUUUGCUUUUGUCGCUGUUGAGAGGAAAUCUGCAGCAUCCAUAACCUAGACUCGCCGUACAGAUCAGAGGUUUGGUCAGACAAACCGAGCGGCCAUGGAGAAAAAUUAUAACAAAAACAUGAAUUAUCAGGUUACAGUUAGUUUAAUCAGUAUGGUUUAACAUUGAAACAGACUCAUUUGUAACUGCUUUAAGUCUUAUUUAGAGAGAAACUGAAAUCUGAGUUUGGAGGGCGUUUUUUUAAACAUUUAAAAUUAGGAUUUUUGUCAAAUGUGAAAUAUGAAUCAUCAAUUGAUGCAUGUAAAGAAGUAGAAGUUUGUGCCUCUGUCAGUCUUUUGGCUUAGUCUUUGAUUAAAUAUAGCUCAAAUGAGAAAACAAACUAUUCUGAAUCCACCCAUUGUGUUCAGCACUAACUGUUAGAUUAAUUUUGUCUCCAGGGCAGCUCAGAAUGUUUUUAGACCAAAUCUCCCAUCUGCACAAACUGUGCGCUUCAUUCUGCAUCUACCACCUUCUUCCUCCCACCAGCAAAGUCCACAUUAUCGCUCUUUCCUGAUUUCCUAAAAACUCUCUCCGGUUGUGUCCCCCCUGCCCUCCACUCCCACUCUUUUUCUCUCCUUGCCCAGUGAUCAGCCUCCUUAGCCGCCCGGCACAUGGCUUCUUUUUUUUUUUUUUUUUUGCUUUUGGAGUAUAUUAUAAAAAAGAAACUAAAUAAAAACAUCUGUAGUUAUAAUUAUGACAUGAAUGAGGAGGUAAUAUUGACUCAGCUCCGCUUUUCUGUGACUGAAAGGAAGAAUGAGAUGCUUAGAGAAGAGGAGAGGGGAGGAAAAGGAUUUGAGCUGAACUGAAGCCAGAGGGAAACAGAAAGAGAACAACUUGUUCUUUCCACUAGAUUCUGUUUGCAGCCUGUCCGUACAGUCAAGUUAACAAGCAGCUGAUAUAAACAGCACCAGGCCCUCAUCCCUCCCAGUUUUUCUGUCUCCUCACCACCCACCUCCACCCAUUAAAGUGUAACCAUCAAAUCAAGAAAACAGAGCAGGAAUCAGACAUUUGACUGAAAAUAAUUCCAUUUUAUCAGCGUAGGCAAUAAUUUACUAAUAAGCUCAAAUUGGACACAUUUAUAAAUCUGUGAAAAUGGAUUUCAGAACAUUUUAGAUUAAGAACUGUGGAUUGUGAUAAACAAUUAUAAAAGACCAGUGUUAUCUGUAAAAUGUCGCCAAACGUGAGUUGUUUAAAUGAAUAAACAUAUUUAUGCCCAUAUUCAGCUAAAAAUAAGAAAAAAUAUUGAGAUUUGGGAGAUGAUGCGUCUCAUCUGAUUCCUCUUUGCUUUAUUUGUGUAACAUUUAAAGGGAGACUUUGCAACUUUUUAUGUUUGUAGAUCCUUUCUUGAGCCAGUUUGAGCUAAAAUGACCCUUUACAGGGUUAAUGAAAGACCACCCAGCACUAUCGCCCUCUAUGUCCAGAAUAAUCCACUUGCAACUGGUGGGCCGCUCUGUUGGGACUUAGAAAAAAUUGAGCUGGCAUACCUGGCGCUGCAGCCUGGCUCCAGUACAUUUCCUGCAUGUUUUAGAUCAUGAACACAGCUGAUUUGUGUAAUUUAUAGAUGAAUCACUUCUGUAGAUACUAAGGAAGACUGGGGAGAAUUUUUAGCUGUUACAUUACGGUUGUUAAAAUUCGGACUCACAGCGAGGAAACAGACUUGCUUUCAGUUAUACAAAUAGACACUAAGGGGUGCUAAAAGCAAGCCCAAACUCUUGUUCCCCUUUAAAUGUCUCUGCUGAGCUUUGCCUGAGGAAUUUCCUAUAAAUAAUAGUAAAUCCAGAUAAUCUGACACCAUAAUUUAGAAUAGUUCCUAACCCAAAACUGGUUUGGACAUCUCAUUAUUAACUCCUUCCUUUUUUUUUAUUAUUGUCAGUCAUUUUAGUGCUGAGCUUGCCCUUAUUUUGUUCUUCCUUCUGUGUUUCUCUCUUCUUUGUUCCAUUAUUUCUUGGCAUCCCUCCUCAGUGCAGAACAGACAGUUUCUGACUCAUUAAUCACAGAAACGCUUGUGCUCGCCUCUCCUUGACCUAUAAAUCAUCACCCCCACCCCGCAUUUCAGGCUUAAAACUGAUGAAACUAGAAUUGUGCAGAAUUAUUUUUUGUCCAGAGUUUCUGCAACUUUCCACCACUUCAGAUCAUAUUUCUUUUUCAAAAAAUUCUCACUUAAGCCACAACUGUUUUUCUCCCCUUUUUUUUUUAUGUUUUUAAACAUGAUCAUUCUGAAUCUUAUCAGACGUUAUCGGAGCACCAUUGGUUCACUCAAAGCGGAGCUGGACAGGAAUUUCCCCCUCCUGCUUUCUUUCUUUUUUUUUUUUUGUCCUUAUAAAGGUGUUAAUUUCUCUGCUGUCGUCCAUUUAUUCCUUCACUCUGCAUCAGUUCUUCAAUACAAUAAUAUGAAUGUUGCAGGAGUUUAUCCUUCUGUAUUCUUUGUUUCAAAGAAUGUUGUGCCAUUUGUUAAUAGCAAAGAGAACUAUUGAACAUAUAUAAAAAAAGAGCUAUUUUAAAUUAUUUUUGGCUUUUUUUGCUAUAUUUAUUUUCUUGUAUUAGAAUCUUAUUUGUAGGAGGGACAAUUCAAAAAAUGUAUUUUUCAUUAGUGCGAAAAACCUAUUUUCUUCCUUUUUGUACAAUUUCGAUGUUUUAAGCAAGACUUUGAAAAGCAAUAUGAUAUGUUUCCUGUGACUGUAUCUGCAUGCUGUUUGUGUUGCCUUAAUGAUGGCUGCGUCCCACUAUGUCCCAACCCCACCCUCUUUAGUAUUGACCCCACCCCACCCAGAUUGGACUCCCACCAUCCCUCCCUGAGAGCCCACCUCAUCUGAGGGAGUUCCAACCCCGUCUGAUCCAGUCCAGUGCAGUCAAUAAAGCAGUGCUUUCUGUGUA